AUGGGAACAAACUUCACUGCAAUUAAUAAAAUACUUCCUGGCAUGAAAGACUGGACCUGUAAAGUUCAAGUCAUUCAGAAGCAAAGGAUUCAGGUGUCGAAAGCUGGCAACAGAUAUCAAAAGCUGCUCCUCAUGGAUGAUCAGGGAACAAAGCUUGAAGCUCUUAUCUAUAACUCAGACAUUGAGUUCUUUAGAGCUUUAUUGCAGUUAUAUAACAAAUACCUCGUCUCAAAUGCAAAAGUCAAGUUUGCCUCAGCAGACUACCGUUCAACUGAAAAGGAAUGCAACUGGAUCAUCGACAAUUCAACAGUUGUUCAUCUUGUGAGCGAUACCGAUUCACCAAUGAUUACUCCAGUGCUUAACUUCACUGAUUUCAAAAAGUUUCGUCAGUACAUAGAUAUCCAAUCUGAAAUAGAUGUCCUGGCAGCUGCUAUUCAAGUGCAACCAAGAAAUAACAGAGGAACCACCCCUCUGAGAAACAUAAUUGUGAUCGAUCAAGGCUGCAUACCAACGAUCCUAACUUUAUGGGGAGCUUACGAGCUAAAUGAAGGACAGGCUAUUGCAGAUAUCAUUGAUUCACAGCCAAUUAUUGCAGCAUUGAAAGUUAAGGUUUCCUCUUAUCAUACUGUGAACCUCAGCACAAAGCCAGGAAGUGCGAUUCUCAUUAAUCCUCCAAUUGAACAAGCAGCAACAAUAAAGUCAUGGAUUCAAGACAACCGUGCAAAAAUUGAACAGAUGUUGCUUGAAAAAGCUUAUGAGAAUCGUGCCGUCCUCUUGCCAAUGCCACCUAUUGAAGAGCUCACAUCAAUAAGAGACUUCUUGAACUUGCCCCUGCAAAAAUCCUGUUGGUUACAAGGCACACCAACUCUGCUAGAUAAAAGUCAAAAGCUCUGGUGUAGAUUAACUGUUAACUUUGCUAACUGCUCUGGCUCAAUGACAUUGGAUCUAUAUGGACAAGAUGCCGAGCAACUACUGCCAUUCACUAUAGCAGAAAUUCAAGACCAAGAGGAACAAGGUUCCCUUGACUAUAAAGCAAUAGAGGAAAGCAUUAACAGCUCCAUGAUUGUAUGCUUCGUCAAAAAGACCGAAAAAUCAUUUGCAUCAUCCUCCACUGAAAAGUAUACAGCCAUUAUAGCGCACAAACUGAACUUGGGAGAAAUUGAAGCCAGAGGACUGCCACCAAUAUAUACUGAUGCAGAGAGUUCAACAGCAGCAAUGCAUGCUAAAUCGACAACAGCACCAACUGAAAACACUACAAAUUCAUCUGGAGAUCAUGACAACAAACUUGAGGCAGAACGCCUCGCUACACUGAAAAUAACAGAAAGCCCUACCAAGAAACAAAAGACCACUGCUGAAAAAGUGAAGGAAAAAGACGCCAUGGCCUAA